AUGGCUGCAAUCCCAAUAGACGAGAAGCAGGUACCCGCUAUCCAAAACACGGACUCGGGCUCCUCCCAGAUUUCCAAGCAGGAGCGACCGACGCACGGCUCCUACGAGGAUCACCCCUUUAACGACCGAACCACUGCGCAGUACUGGCGGGAGAUAUACGAGAAGGCUCAGUAUGAAGGACUCCACCGUUUCGAUCCGAAUUACACUUGGACGGCGGAAGAAGAGAAGAAGCUCGUUCGCAAGCUUGAUUUCAGAAUCACCCUGUGGGCCUGGAUGAUGUUUGUCUCUCUGGACCUCAACCGGAAGAACAUCAAUCGAGCAAUCUCGGAUAACAUGCUCAAGGAUCUUGGCAUGAACACGAACGACUUUAACUAUGGCCAGACCAUCUUCCUAGCAAUGUUCCUAUUCGCAGAGCUGCCCAGCGGGCUGAUUAGCAAGAAACUCGGAGCCGACAGAUGGAUUCCCACUAUCAUCUGCGCGUGGUCGAUCGUCAGUGCUGCUCAGUGCGCCAUUUCAAGCAAAGCGCAGUACUUUGCGGUGCGCGCACUUCUGGGUCUAUUGAUGGGUGGCUUCAUUCCGGAUAUUGUACUAUGGCUCACAUACUUCUUCAAGUCCAACGAGUUGCCUACUCGUCUGGCAUGGUUUUGGACAGCCUUGAGCUUUUGCAAUAUCGUUGGAUCGCUGAUGGCUGCUGGGAUUCUGCAAAUGCGGGGGCUCCAUGGCUGGGGCGGGUGGCAAUAUCUAUUCUUGAUCGAGGGUAUUCUAACCUUUGUCAUUGGCGUCUUCUCGUAUGUACUCAUGCCCGCUGGAGCCACCCAGACUGCAAAUUGGUUCCGCGGGAAGAACGGCUGGUUCUCCGAGCACGAGGAACACAUCCUCGUUAAUCGUAUUCUACGCGACGACCCGUCCAAGGGUGACAUGAACAACAGAACCGGCGUGAGCCCACGGCUCCUCUGGAAGACCAUCACCGACUGGGAACAGUGGCCGCUUUACCUCAUUGGGCUGAUGGCGUACAUCCCACCGUCGCCCCCAAACACGUAUCUCUCCUAUAUUCUGCGUCAACUGGGCUUCAGCACCUUCCAAGCCAACAUGCUGUUAAUCCCGUCUCAGUUCCUUUUCGCCGUACAGCUCCUAAUCCUCACGUGGGUAUCCAAGAAGCUCAAGGAGAGGGCCAUUGUAUCCAGUCUUUCCAACUUCUGGAUUUUCCCCUGGCUCGUCGCACUCGUGACGCUCCCUGCUGGCGCGAACCCCUGGGUGCGAUAUGCCCUCCUCAGCGGCCUACUGUCGUACCCCUACUGUCACGCGAUCCUCGUCGGGUGGAACGCCACGAACUCCAACUCUGUACGCACACGCGCAGUCUCGGCAGCAUUCUACAACAUGUUUGUGCAAUCGGGGAACAUCAUCGCGUCAAACAUCUACCGCAACGACGACCAACCGCUAUAUCGCCGCGGCAACAAGAUUCUGCUGGCAAUCUGUAGCGUUAACAUCGUGCUAUUCUUCCUCGUCAAAGCCUUCUACAUUUGGCGCAACAAUGUUAGAGACAGGCAGUGGAACGCCAUGACCAAGGAGGAGCAGGACGAUUACAUUGUUAGCACCAAGGAUGAGGGGAUGAAGAGGUUGGACUUUAGGUUCGUGCAUUAA